GCCCGUAUCACGUGACUGAGAGGCGGGGACGUGCAGUGAAAAGUGUGCCUGUUACUGUGUCACGUGCCAGGGGUGCGAACGAAACAUGGCGGCGCGCGGCAGCGUGGAGGAGAUGCGGAGCCGCGUGAUACUUGGGGAGUUCGGGGUCCGCAACGUUCACACCACGGACUUUCCCGGCAACUACCCCGGGUACGACGACGCUUGGGACCAGGCCAAGUUCGAGAAGAAUUUCCGGGUGGACGUGAUCCACAUGGAUGAGAACACGCUGGAGUUCGACAUGGUGGGGAUCGACGCAGCCAUCGCCAAUGCCUUCCGGCGUAUCCUGCUCGCUGAGGUGCCGACGAUGGCUGUAGAGAAGGUCUUUGUGUACAACAACACGUCCAUCGUGCAGGAUGAGAUCCUGGCCCAUCGCUUGGGCCUCAUCCCCAUCCGAGCAGACCCACGCCUCUUUGAAUAUAAGAACCAAGGUGAUGAGGAAGGCACAGAAAUUGACACGCUGCAGUUCCAGCUGAAGAUCAAAUGCAGCCGGAACCCUCACUCAGCCAAGGAGUCAUCUGACCCCAAUGAGCUCUACAUUAAUCACAAAGUGUACAGCAAACACAUCACGUGGGUGCCCCUGGGAAAUCAAGCAGACGUGUUCUCAGAUGCAAAUUUGCGGCCUGUUCAUGAUGACAUCCUUAUUGCCCAGUUGCGGCCUGGCCAGGAAAUUGAUGUGCUCAUGCACUGUGUCAAAGGCAUAGGUAAAGACCAUGCCAAGUUUUCUCCAGUGGCCACAGCUAGUUACCGGCUGCUGCCUGACAUCACUCUGCUGCAGCCCAUUGAGGGGGAGGCAGCUGAGACGCUGAAGAAGUGCUUCUCCCCGGGAGUUAUUGAGAUUCAGAACAUCAAAGGGAAGAAGGUGGCAAGAGUGGCCAAUGCUCGGAUGGACACGUUUAGCCGGGAGAUCUUUCGUCAUGAUGAUCUGAAAAACCUUGUGCACUUGGCACGAGUGCGAGAUCACUACAUCUUCUCAGUGGAGUCUACAGGUGUCCUGCCUCCAGAUGUGCUGGUGAGUGAAGCCAUCAAAGUGCUGAUAGGGAAAUGUCGACGGUUCCUGGAUGAGUUGGACUCCAACCACAUGGAGUGAGCAGUUCAGAACACCAUGUUUGAGAAGCAGAGACUGAUUCUAUAGGCCCGGGCUCUUUAUCUACAGGGAUUAUUUCCAGCCCAUAAGCCUAUGUAAACAGGAGGGGUACCUUCUGUUACCAAGCAAUGGGACCAUCCAUCACCUGUUCCCCAUACAGUAUGUAAGCAAGCAGGUGGCCACACUAGAAAUAAAGGUGUGCUGUUAACAGUUUCAGAACUGAUAGCACUUCCAGGAGCCUAGGAAAGUCUUAUGGCUCUUGUUUUCUAAUGGGUUUCACCAGCUGAAGAGGAUGGCCAGUAAGGCACAGCAGGGGCUUGUACUGGCCCUGGGGCCUUACUGAAGGCCCUAGAUCUUCUAAAUGAAGCCCUGCUAAGGAGAAGAGCCAACUUCAAGCAAAGGCAGAUUGUGUGGAAUUGUUAAUAAAGUAGAGGCUGUUUUAAUUGUCAGACUUCAUUACAUAAAUUUAGCCUAGGGGUGGCUUGAUUUUCUAGGUAGGAAAGUGGAAAGAGGCACUACUCACUUCAUUAACAAUAAAAAUGCUAGUGCUUCGAAAGCUGGGCUAUAGUGGUGAGAGGCUAAAAUACCACUUGCUUUUUUUCCCUCCAGGGUAAGCAAUUGCUGUAUUUGCUACAGUGGUUAUUUGAUCACUAAAGGGAAGAGAUGCUAAGACUAUCUCUAUUAAGAUGGGGUCUGCUGUGUGAAAGUUGAAGCAGUACUGCUUAUACAGGAGCAUAUGCUCUAGGUCAAGCUGCUCAAAACAUGAAAAAUAAAAACUAAAGUGGAUUUUCAACAUUCUUAAUCAGCUCCAGGCCUAGCUGUAGAAAGUUUUAGAAGAGGAUACUAGCCUGUUCUUAUGGAGUAGGCAUGUGAUCUGUAUGACUGCAGAUUUCAUCAUAACUAAUGAAACUCAUAUGAGGGAAAGUAUACUCAAGUAAGGAUCACAGUGGACUGGGUGUGCGGCCCUGGUUCUGAGCUUGUUCACUAUACACAAGCAGCUUGCUUCUUAAUUGCAACUAAGUAUUAUUCUUUAUUUAUGGUCUUCAGUAGGUGACCAAAAAUAAAGGAAUAUCAGUCUCCCACCAUCAAAACUAAGGCUGUCCAAUUUUUCCCAUGUAGGGAAAAAAACUUUAGGUGGUUAAAAUGAAAUUUCAGAAGUCAGUAACUUACUGUUUCUAAAGUUAUCACAGUAGGAGCUUAAUACAGAGCAUCUGAUAACUGCUGGAGCUCUGUACUUCCAUUUUUUAAAAAGGCUUUAGCCCUCUUCCUUGCAGAGAUAGACUCCAAACUGUAACCCAGCUGUUUAGCAAAAUAAUUAUCUGUGGAAAGAAGUUUUCUAUCAAUCAGGCCAGCAGUUUGCAUACCAAAAGUGACCCUUUAGCUAUUGAAGGGAACAAGGGUAGGAGAGAUGGCUCCCCUCUCCCUGUGUUCUCCAGUCCCUGAUUGAGAGUGUUAAAGUGAGGAAAAUCCUAGGCAAAGUAGAAAAGCUGGAAGAAAGAGUGGGUUCAUGUAUGUAAAUUAAGCAUUUUACUAAACCUUGAAAGUUAGGGAGCAUCUCACAAAACAAGACACUGACUCAAAUAAUCAUCACACCCUUCAUUCUGCCCCUCAGAGUAAAUGAACUGACAUCUAAACUGUAUAAUCCCACAGCUGCACUUGUUAAUAAAACUAGUACAAAAGCCA